AUGUCGCAGGGUUGUCCCAUUCUUACACCUGCAGAAAUAAGGGCAAACCUGAAUGCGUAUGGUCGAUACAAUCAAGAUGAUGUUGGGAUCAGGUUUCAAGAAGAGAAUAAAAGGCGUUUUACAAGUUCUAAAGGGAACCCUUACAAAUGGGUAUCACCUGCCUAUAGAUCUAUGAACCAGUCUAGGAGACCUGAGGCUACAGUAACAUCUUCGAGUUCGACCCGAAUGCGGUCUUUCUUUAACACAAUACACACAACAACUAGUAGUGUAUCAGAUUUAAGGGACCCUCCAACUCUAGCUCAAAACAGUAGAUUCAGGUUAGAUGAAGCAGAGGUAACGAUAACAAUGGGAGUAGCACAUUCAGAUCAUCCAUCGACUAUGUUGACAGAUCAACAAUGCGAACUGAUCGAAAAUAACCUGUUGUACGAAAUUUUGAAAUGUGAAAAUGGAAAAGGGCCAAAGUUUAAGGGCGUUUACAUAGAAGAAAACGUUGUUUGGUUUACAGUUGCAAACGACUCUUCUGUAACCUGGCUUUACGAAACCAUUCCUCAUUUCAGACUAUGGCCAAGGGCUAGCCUGAAAGUGGGACGUCCUUCCGAGAUAAAAGGCUUAAUAAGGGUUGCAGCGUCUCUUCCUAAGGCGUUGAAUGAAAUGGACGAAAGCAACAUCCUUCAGCUCUUGAAAUCCCAAAAUAAGGGUCUUAAUACGGAAAAAUGGAAUAUAUUGAAGAGGUUAUCAGACGGUGCAGGACGGAUACUUAUAUUCCAUAUUGACAGUGAGUCCCUCAAGGUACUUCAAGGCCUUUCAUUCAGACCGUUCCUAGGACUAACCAGGGUCAGUUUCAAGAUAAAUCAAUAG